AUGCACAUCGUCGCAGGCUGUGCCUCCGACCCGCACUCUGCCCAACACUGGGUGUCGACGCUCUUCCUCCGCUGCUGGGUGCCCGAGCUGUCCGAUGUUCCGCCGGAGUCCCCUCACGAAGAGGCCUUUCUGGAGUGGCUGGGUGUGGAGCAGCGCCUCUCCCAGCCCGAGCUCGUGGUCCAGCGGCUGAAGUUGAACUCGGCCUUCGCCCACCGCUUCCUCGAGGAGCUCCCGGAGCACCCAGAGGCUUGGGCUUCAGAGUGGCAAGGCAUCCAAGAGAAGCCUUGGCCCCGGCUGCGGCCGCUUCUGGACGUGUUCGGUCGUGGUGACGGUCAGGACCUACCCACAGGCCUAGAGUUCUUCCGGCAGCUGCGCAGGGCGGCCUUGGAGGGCUUUCUGCCACAUCGUGCUUAUGCCAGUCUGGCAGUUGCUGGAGAGGGCCAUGCUCCCAGGCGGAACUUGCUGAACCUCAUGGACAACGUGGACGCCGUCUGCACUGAGAUGUCUGAAAGGUUCAUCGAUGAGAUCAGCGAGAAGUCGCAGAAGUCUGAAGACCUUCGGCUGGAACUCCAGCGGCGGCUGCAGCUAUUGGAGUGGCUUGUCGAAACGUACAGGUUCGAUGAGAUCGCUUGUGAUCGAGACCGCUUGAAACAUCAGAUGGCCCGCAGCGAAGAUCGCACGCUGGUUGAGCUGCAAAGCUUGGUGCAAGGUGCCUGCGACGUCUUUGGGGGCUUCAACCAGCAGGACAACGGCCGGGAGACCUUCGACUUCUUGCAGCACUUCAUGCGGGCUGGCUCAGCCUUAGUGAACCCCUUGCUUCAACAUUUCGCCCAAGUCUUCGCCAGUGAGCACGGCCAGAUGCUCCUCGAGGAUGCCAGAUUGGAGUUUGAGGAUUUCGGUCAGGUCGUGCAGCUCUGCCACCAGGAGCUCCGCAAGCUGGCGCUGGGUCCGGACCGGAACGACGGAGCCGUGAACGCGGCUGUCUGGCAUCUGGUUGUCAGGGAGUUCAGGAAACCCGAGGUCACCAUGGAGAAGGAGAUCGACCUCCUCCUGGAGUUCUUUGGCCACCAAACAGAGAAGGAUGCCGGGAAGAAGGAAGGCGGCCUCUUGUCCAGUAUCCGAGGGGUCUUCCAGAAAGACAAGUCGAGGCUGGCAACGCGGCGUGAGCUCAUGAUGGAUGCCUUCGCAAGCCACGUGGCCUCUGGCUACAUCUCGGACGUGGAGCGCGCCUUGCAGUACAUGCGCCUGGAUUGGGCUGUGCAGUGCGGGACCUUCCGAGAGCUGAAGCGCCUGGCUGACCUGACCUUGUCGGGGGACACCGUGGACGUGGAGGCAGACGCCCAAAGGCUCCGUGAGUUUCGGGCCCUUGGGCUGGACUUCGAAGAUGCCCGGGACCUGCACUUCUUCCAGACCCUCUCUCAGAAGGUUUGCGUCUUCGAGUUCUUGGUGGAGCAGGGCUUCACGGGGCCCGACUACUGGCAGCAGUUUGAGCAAAGAGUGGGCAUCGUGCGCCAGUUCCUGGAGGAGGCGGCGCUCGUGCAGCUGCUGAGGGGCCUGGGCCGCUGUAAGCCCCGGCCACGCGUGGAGUCCUUUGCCAGCGUGGCAGCGCAGAUCCAGCUCAUCCGCGCCCUCUUCGCGAACGUGGACCGGCAAGGAGGGCAGGGUAGCGAGUUGCUACUCUGGUCCGUCGACCAGAUCCUCACCGGCCAACUUGUCUUGCAGGGCUACCAGGGUGAUUUCUACUGCUGGUACACGUACCGGGGUGCUGGCGUUGAGCGCCACGUGACGGUGUCCUCGACAAGCUUGAAGGAGUACUCCACGAGGAGCUUGAUGAGCCUGGAGGGCUUGAAGGAGCAGCCUGAGAAGUUUAGGUUGCUGCAACUGUUCCUCGAGCAGGUGCGGGCCAUUAUGGCCAACGACACCGGGCUGGCAGCCACCGCGGCUGCACUCCACAAGGAUGGACAUCCCAGGUUCCAGCAGAAUGUGGAGAUUUGCAUGAAAAGCAAUCUGAUAGUCGAGGCCCACCUGCAGCUGGAGAGCUUGAGCACUUGGAAACACGAGGUGCGUCACACCCUGGAAGCUGCUCCGCUUCUGGGGCUGGUGCCCCGGGGCCAGAUGCAUGCCUGGCUCGCGCAGGCGUACGCCGACGGCCUGACGGGUGAUAUGCUCAGCUCCGUGGUCGAAGGGCUGAGUGCCUGGAGCCCCUGCAGUCCUGAAGUCUUCGAGAGCAAGCUGUGGCCUUCAGGCAUUGGCAUCGGUGAGCCCCUGGAGGCAAGCGUGGCUUUGAUGGCCCUCCGCCUUUGCUGCGAGGAUCUUGCGGUGGAUCCCCAGCAAGCUCACCAGAGGCCGGGGCGCUUCCAGGUCCAGGCCAAAGACAGCGAGGAUGCCCUGAAGAAGGUGGCGCACCUCUUCUUGGCCUUGGAGGGUGGACCCAAGCGGCUCCCCCGACCAUCUGAGGUUCUCUUCUGCGACGACCGGGUUCCCGAGGCCGAGGUGGAGACGUUCUUGUGGAGAUCGCGGAGGUUUCCUCAGCUGCUCUUCGUUCUCGUGGAACCAAACCGUCUUUCGCCAGAUGGCAAGAAGCUGAUUGCCGAGUGGCUGGCGAGCGAGGAUCUCCAAGACCGCAGCUCUUCCAUGGGUGUGAUCCUGACUUCGCCCUGGUACAUCCCUGCCUCUGCGCAGGUGCGCGAGAUGCACGUGCGCCCAGAGCAAGCCGUGCAAAUUUGGCGAGAGCAGUGCCCUGCAGAGGUUUUGCUUUACCACACGGAGCUCCCAAAGGGCACUGGGCCUUCCUCGGGGAAGAGCACCUACAUCCGGCACCGGUGCAAGCAGAAUGAUGAGGAGGUCGUGAGCUGCAUCCUGCAUGAGGGUUUCCAGCUUAGCCAGUUUAUUGCAGAGGCACGCAAGCAGAUCAUCGACUGUGGCCUUGGGGGCCGCCACAUUGCCUUGCACAUCGAAGUGACUGCCUACAGCGACUGGGAACUCAGCAACGCCUUCCUGCGACAUCUGCUGCUGUGCCAGGUGCUCUACGAUGCCGGUUCUGGGCAAAUGGCUUCACUUCCGGAUGGCACCAGGAUCUAUGUGGAGGUUGGCGCCGUUGCUGGGAAGCGUGAUCUCCACGCCUUGAAGCCCUACGCCACGGAGGAGACGAUGCAAGCACGCUUCCCGCAACAGCACAAGAGCGGGAUGCAACUGACGCUGUCUCUUCUGUAUCCGAUUCUGGAGAUUGUGGGUCGAGACGUAUCUGGUGAGGUCCUGGGAUUCCCCCUCCAAGAGAGCGAGCGGCACUAUCGGUCCAACUUGCAUGGUGACGAGCAGUUGCACAUGCGCGUUGUCUGUGAUUCCUGUGGAGUGACACCGAUUCGAGGCCAGUGCUAUACUUGCCAGGUUUGCAACGACUUUGAUCUCUGCGCGGUGUGCUACGACAACAACGCCCACGACCACGAUCCAAGCCAUGGAUUCCGAGGGCGACAGGUGAGCGCACUUCCCUUCCGCUUGAUGCAGGCAUUCUUGCAGCCCCACCCGCUGGAUGACAGGCGACAGCUGCCACCCGGACUUGGAAUGGUUCAGCUAGGUUUUUCUGCCCUAGGGGCUUGUGGUGCUUUCGAGUCAGCAGCUAAAUCCCUACAGCGUGCAUGGACAGUUCUAUAA